AUGUGUCGCGGCGACCCUGUGGGGGGAAAAAUCCUUCGCUGGCGCUCUUUAGCUUGGUGGAAUGCUCACAGACCGCCGCAUGGCAAUGUCACCCAUGCAAGCCGGUUCAAUGCCUUCAUGGACAUCGACCGCCAAGUCACCUCCAUUGCGGGGGAGAACUGGCACCUUGUCGCGAUGAACAGGGAACAGUGGGCCUACCUGUCGAAGCGAUGGGUAGAGAAGUAUGAUGUGCCCUGGGCUACGGGUAAGCAAACGAGCAUCGAGAACCUGACGCCGCAUUCAAGAGCCGCUCCCGCACAUCACGACAGUUCCGUCGACGAGAUCGAACCGCCAGUGGCAGCAGAAUGA